GAUUGCAUGUGUUUUGUGUUGAACGUUGGAUUUUUGUUUUUUGUGUCUGAUUUUUCUCGUUAAAGUCGUUUAAUAAUUAUUAUUUGAUUGAAUAAAUUAAGAAUUAACCGUAGAUUUGACCUAUCGGUGACAUUUAAGGAUUCUGAAGGCUCACCGUUAAAACAUGGACAAUUAUGCUGUCGAAAAUGAUACCAUUGGGUCGGAACAACUGUUUUUUAAAAUUAAUAAUAAACAGGUUGUGUUUAAAACCGAUAAACGAACUGUUGAAAAACUUAACGAUGAAGAAGUAUUAAUGAACUAUGUAAAAGCUAUAAUAAAUUCGAGGAUGCUAGUAUCAAAUGGCCAAAGUUUAAUUAACUAUCCAGUAAACAUCACUAGAACGGAUAAUUUAAACACUUCAAGUUCAAUUAUUGAGUUAGAAGUUUCCACUAUUGUACAGAACGAUGGUGUUGAAGAACUUCACUGCUCUCUUUUGAACGAUGGAACAUCCAACAGUAUUAGAUCAUCUAACGAAUUCAAGUCUGUUAUUGUAAGUCAGAAUGUUGCUGACACUAUUCCGUGGAGCGAUAUUAAUGAAGCGUUUGUGCCAGAUAGCGCGAUGCCGGCUUUAAAAUGGUCCACUGAAAUGACAUCUUUAUUAAUUGGAUUAAGAGGAAGCCUCAAUGAUGAGUUUCAUUCAUCAAAAUAUAAGUUCAAAUUAUGGGAGUUGAUUGCUCGUCGCAUGAAUAACGGUAUGCCAGGUGUGAAAGUGACUGCUAAAGAUUGCGAUGAUAAAUGGAGAAAUAUUGCUGCUACAUAUAGAAAAAAUAUCGAAAAAAUAAAGUAUUUGGGAGAUUUUAGUGUACGAUGGGAACAUUUUUCUGCUAUGGACGAAAUUCUGAAGGGGACAGAUGAAUUGAAAAAAACAGAUUCUUAUAUUGGGGUCAACAAACCGGUUGAUACCGAUAGUAUAAUUAAAAGUCCUGAAACGGACCAUACAGAUACUGAAGAGGAAAUAAUAAAUAUAAGUUCUAAUGAUAAUAUGGAUUAUUUUUUUUUGACUUCCACAACUAAUGCAAACAAUGAAAUCAGGUUGUGGACACAAGAAAUGAUUUUACUAUUGUUUUCAUUACGGCGUUCAAUGGCUGACCAUUUUGAUCUAGCAACAAAAGAAUCAGAAAAAGAUAUUUUGUGGUUUGAUUUGGUAACCAAGAUGAAUAAAAAUCUUGGCUCAAAUGCUGAUAUUGAAUCAUAUGAAGCAGAGUCAUUAUGGAAUCAAUGUGUCGAACAAUAUGAAGCAAAUUUAAAUAAAUUAAAAGCGGAAGGACCUCAAGACGUAAAAUGGCCAUAUUUUGCAAUAAUGGAUCAAAUGCUCGGCGGUACUAUAGAAAUACCGGAUUUUUAUCCUCCUCGUCCCGGUGAAGAAUUGGUACCGGCUUUCAUGCAAGGAGUAUGGAAACAAGUCGAUGUACAAGAGACAAUGAUUAACUGCAAAAUAGAACCUAAUUUGGAAAUGAAUGAAGACUCUGAUCAAAGCGAUGAUAGUAUAGUAGAGACAAAGUCUGGAGUGAAAUGGAAACCAGAGCUCAUACGCAAGUUGAUACAAUUACAUUCGGACGCUGAAAAUGAAGUAAAAAGAUGGAUCCGCAAACCCAAUUCAAUAUGGGCAGUAGUAUUGAAAAAGUUUCGACGUCUCGGAAUAGUCACUUUAACGGAACAAGAUUUGGAAAAUAAAUGGAAUAGUUUAGUAAGGUCGUACAAUUGUAAGGUUUCUGGUAUUAGCAAGAAGUAUAAAAAACAUUGGCCGUAUCUUGUUGGCAUGCACAACGCGUUGAACGCUAUUAGUAGUCAGAAUAGUCAUUCAGAUAAUAUGUUAGUGAACGACGACGAAAAUAAAACUGAUCAACCACCCGAAUGGUUCCUUAGCUAUAUGAGAAAAAAAGAAGCUAUGGAUGCUGAUAAACACGAAGAGUUAAGAAGUAUGUUAGUUGACAUUCAACAUAGUCAGAUGGCGAACAGAAGAUUAAUACUUUCAAUAUUUAAAAAAUUAUAAAAUUCCUAGUCAAGAAUGGUUGUUUAAUAGUCAGUUUUUUUUUACUGAAAAAAACUUCAUUUAAAUAUUUUUAUUAUAUAAGGCUGAAAGCGAAAAUUGUGAUUAUAUUUUUUUAAAUAAAUUAAAGUUGAUAAAAUUU